UAAUAACCUCCAGCACAAUCCCAGCAAGUCCUUGCUAGGUCUUAAUCGUUCAACAUAUCUGAACCCGCUGACAAUGUCCAAUUCUUUUGAAGCCUUCCUGUAAACAGCGAUACUCAUAUUGCGAUUUAAUAUGGCCGCCGAGUCGCACUUUUCCUCACGUGUCUCCUGUCGGCUCCUACUCCUCCAUAAUUAGUUUUCUUUACCCACAAAUCCACCAUAUCAGAUCUAUCGAAACUUGAAAAUUGCUUUCCUUACUCAUUUCUCUCAUUGAACCAUGGCGUCCAAAAUCACAGCUCCUGCAGAUUACAAGACGGAAAUGAUGCUCGAAGCCAAUCGGCGUGCUCAUGAGCAUGGCAUCGACCUUUCCAAGCUCCCCCAAUUAUUAGACAUGAAUGCGGACACUAUCACCGAUAAUGUUCAUUCCAUCAAUGCGAACUGUCCUGACGAUCGCAUGAAGUUUGUCUUCAAGCAUUUGAUACAACAUCUUCAUGAUUUCGUUAGAGAAACGUCGAUCACUACUGAGGAAUGGAUGAGUGCACUCGAAUUCCUUAAAGAUACUGGCAAAAUGUGCUCAGAUAUUCGCCACGAAUACAUUCUUCUUUCCGAUGUGUUGGGUGUAUCAAACCUCGUUGAUUCCCUCAAUCACGCAAAACCUCCUGGCGCAACCGAGGCCUGCGUUCUAGGUCCAUUUUACACAGAAGAUGCUCAUGUAUUCCAGAAUGGCGACAGCAUCGCUUCAGAAGACAAAGGAGAUUACAUGUACGUUUACGGAAAGGUUACGGAUACCAGUGGGAAACCCAUCCCUGGCGCGAUUAUCGAUACUUGGGAGACGGAUGGACAUGGCCUGUAUGACACUCAAUACGCAGACCGCGCAGAACCCGAUUGCAGAGGCCGUUUAUUUUCUGCUGAAGAUGGGAGCUACGCGUUCCGUGCUGUCGUUCCGGUUUCUUAUCCUAUCCCGUCUGAUGGUCCUGUUGGCAAGAUGGUCUCUGCCCUUGGAAGGCACGUCUUCCGCCCUGCGCACUUGCAUAUGCAAGUUGAUGCUCAGGGCUACGAGAAACUGACAACAGCGUUCUAUCCACGAGGGGAUCCUUACCUGUACAGCGAUGCGGUAUUCGGUGUUCAUUCUAGUUUGAUUGUGGAUCUCCAACCAGUAACCGAUAAGGAGCUUUCUUUCAAACGAGGUUUCAAAGAUGGAAAGCCGCACAUGGAACUAAAACGAGAUCUAGUUUUAGCUACUCCCGAGGAAGGUCUGGCGGCUCGCAAGAAAAGUAUGCCUGCAGUAAAGCAGGAAUGAGAGUUGUGCGUGGUGCCUGGAUCAUGAAAAAUCUGGAAGGAUUUAUGUAUAUGUAUACGUAUCUUGUAUUAUGUAUAUCGCAUGAACGAAAUCGUUAUUUGUUACCGGUGGAGGCGUCAUGCAUUUA